AUGGAAACUUUAGAUUACCUACCUGAGGCCAUGUCCACUUCUGACACGAACUCGCAGUUUACCAGCCUGAGACUGGAAUUCCAGUCCCUUGAGAGUCUUCUAAAAGAUGCUGUCCAUCGGCAGUCGUUGCUCCUCUCCCGCCUGGAGACGCUGCAUGGAACACGUCCAUCGGAUUCCACAGUCUCGGUGUCUCUGGGUUCUUUCAGCCCGACUACGCCGUCGGAGGCUGCAUCGACCACUUGGACUACAGUGGUGAGGAAGAAUAGCCGGCUGUCUCUCCCCCUGUUUGCUCCAGAGGAUGACGAAUUCUCUGUUCCUGUUGACAACUUCUUUGCACCGCUCCAACUCCUCAAGACACAGAGCCCAAGGCUCCGGAGAUUGGGGCUACCGGAGAAGCCGCUCAGCCACCUAUUUUCCUAUAAAGACACAUCCUCCCCCCAACUUCUUCUGCUUGGAGAUUCUAUAAUGAAUGGAAUCUUGCUCCCAGAAGCCAUCACCUACUCCCUGAGGGAUGGCAAGAAACUCUUCCCUGAGGACUAUGAACAUCAUGUAUGUUCAUUCGAGCCUCUUGAGGGCAACAACUGCAACAUUUCCCUGAAACUAAAGGUACACACGGAGGAGGAGGUUCACAGAUGGCUUCAAGCCUUUCAAAAGUCAUCGCAAACAACAUGGCGGGUGAACAAAACCUAUCCUGCGGAACGUCAAACAAAGAACAUGUACAGACAUAAUCACCUGCUCAUGUGUGCUGAGGCUAUGGGGUACCGUGAUGUAGCACCUGAGACAACACAGAAGCUCGAAGCUCUUUUUCAAAGCGGCCACUCUCCCUCUUCUGCUUUAAGCACUUUAAAAUACGACCUUCAGGAGGAGAAGGGUGAUGCCUAUGUCUUUGCUUCUGCGGAUCGCUCCAUCUGCCCUGAUCUGAGUUUCUGCUUCAGACUGUAUUACAACAUAUUCAAAAAGGCUUAUGGUGAGCUAUCCGGGGAUGCCAUGCUUUGCAGCCUCCAGUCAUCUCUUGAUGAAUACAAUGCCCAACAGGGAGAGACAUGCGCACUACUGAAACUAGAUGGCAAUCAGACCAUCAUUGCCAUCUGCACUCCACUGAUGAAGCGUGUCCAUGCUCUUGUUCGGCACAGUGCAGAGAUCGUCUUUGUGGACUCCUCUGGCAACUGUGACCGCACAAACAGCCGUAUUUUUCUUCUGUUGACGCAUUCAGCUGCUGGUGGCCUGCCCCUGGGAGUGGUGAUCACAACCUCUGAGUCGCAGAAUACCAUCACUGCAGGACUUAAGUUGCUGAAAGACCUUCUCCCGCAGGACGCAUUCUCUGGGAGAGGAGACCUUGGCCCACAGGUCGUGAUGACCGACGACUGCCAGGCCUUGCGUCAGGCUGUCCUUGACGUGUACCCCCAAACCCACCCCAUUCUCUGUGUCUUCCACAUCCUUCAAGCGAUGUGGAGAUGGCUGUGGGAUGCUAACAAUGGGGUCCCAAAAACUCACCGCCAACAUCUGUUGCAGCUGUUCAAGGUACUGGUCUAUGCAAGGUCUCCAUCAGAUCUGGAUGCUUCAUACCAUCAAGCCAUCCAGGACUCCAUAGCUAGCCAGUACCAAAAGUACACGAAACAUCUGGCAGCGGUUUUUAAGAGGCGUGAGCUGUGGGCACUCUGUCUGCGUUCCCAUCUCCCAACACGAGGGAACAACACCAACAACUAUGUGGAGAGUGCGAUGAGGGUACUCAAGGACCAGAUCUUCUACAGACUGAAAGCGUACAACAUCACCCAACUGGUGGACUUCAUCACAACCAGGCUAGAAGCUUAUUACAUCCGAAGGCUCAUAGAUGUGACUAACAACAGGACCACCAAAAAGCUGCCAAAGCCGAAGGGGCGUGUGAGCACCGAUGGCAUUGUGAAGGAGGAUGAAGUGAAUUUCACAGUCCCUAGUGCCUUGACUGAUGCCACAUACAAUGUGAAUGUGUCCUUGGGGACUUGCACCUGCUCAGAUGGCAGCACUGGUGCUUUCUGCAACCAUCAGUAUGCAGUGAUGCAAGCCUUCCAACUGCAAGACAGCAACCCUUUAGCAAUUACCACACCUGCCGCAAAGAGGUUGUUUUAUCAGAUCGCAACAGGAAAGAACAAUGUCCCAGACAACUGGUUCAUGCGUAUGGAGGAAGUGGAGGAAAUUCCAUCUGUUGCAGAUCUCCAGAAAGACCAAGCUAUAUCAACAGAUGAAGGGUCAUCAGCUGAUUCCUCACUUGAUGAAAGCUUGCUAGCCGGUGAAGGCGGCUCUACAGACGCUGAAGACCUGUCUGUUCCUGUGACAGAACUUGAGGAUCGUUUCAAAAACAUGUGUGAGGGCCUGCUAGGAAAAAUGAAAACUGAUCCAAAUUUCCAGACGGCAUUGCAAAAAAUGGUUACUUCUUACAAUAAGAUGACUGACAAUCAGCUUAUUUCAGCGUUGUCCACGUUUGGGAAAUCUGGCACAAACACUGCAGCCAAGCUGUUGAAAAAGAGGGCAAGAAAAUGCUUACAGAUGAGUGUGGCAAUUGGUGUACAACCAACUGCAGUUGCUCGCCGUAAAGCCCCACUCGGAGGUAGACGGGCACUUAUAACUGGGCGUCCUACUAAAAGAGCCCGGAAAGACCACAAUUAUGUCCGAGUUGUCGGGGCAAAUGCACUGCCCAAACGGUCACCACACUCAUUUGCCCAAUGUGUUUCCGAGUGUGUGACUCUGGGCCGUCAACACAGAAAAUAA